CAUACUUUACCUACUUUACACCUCCCCCUUCUAUCCGAGAUAGCGCGCCACCACGACAAUACCCUCUUCAUCGAAUCCGAUAUGACCAACCACCACCAAGGUUUUACUCCUGAAGAGGUCUUCAGCUUGACUAGUCACCAACGGCAAGACAUCAUUGCCGAGAAGCUCUCAUGGCUGAUACGCGACGAAUAUCUGGAGGACAUCACCCAGCACAGGCGGCGUAUGGAGAAUGAAACUCUGCCCAAUACUUCUCUCAUUAACACACAGCCCGACAUCCAAUGGUUCAUGAGGCCGUACCUCAUCGACUUCCUCGUUGAGGCCCAUGCUGCCUUCUCUCUCCUCCCCGAGACGCUCUUUCUCGCAGUCAAUCUCCUUGACCGGUACUGCUCGAAGCGACUGGUGUACAAGCAGCACUACCAGCUGGUCGGAUGCGCCGCCCUCCUCAUUUCCGCCAAGUACAGCGAUAAGAAGUCCCACGUUCGUAAAAUCCAUAAGCUCAUUACCAUGUGCUGCGGACUGUACAACGUCAGCAUGUUUAUCCAGAUGGAGCUACAUGUUCUCGAUACCCUUGAGUGGGUCAUUGGGCACCCGACUGCCGACUCCUUCUCGCAACUGUUGGUGGAGGAAGAGGGAGAGGACCAGAAGGUUGAACACAUGGCGGCCUAUCUACGCGAGAUCGCCCUCUACCACCGCGAUUUUGUUUCAACAAAGCCUUCCAUUAUGGCCGAACCUCCCUCGCCCUUGCACGAGCUAUCCUUGGCCGAGCCGAAGACCCUCUCGGGCCACCUUCACAACCCUUCGCCCACUCUGGCCCGCAAAUACUCGACCCGCAACUUUUCUCGGCAAGCUGCCAUCGCCUAUCGAGCUAUGAAUCCUACCAUGCCUCAUAUCGAGCACACCGACAAGUACGCAAGCGACCUCAACAGUCCGCCCCAAGAGGACCACAUGGAAGCCCGAGGCUAUGUUGGAUACCCCACUCCCCCUUAA